GAAAACAAACGUUGGGUGUAGACAAAAUGGAUCGUUUGCUUUUUUCCAAGUAUAAGACCUUUACACAAAGCAUAUCGCCCUUCCCAUCAGGGCGAUUACUAUCAAAGAACAUCACGUAUGCGCCCCAAUACAUUACAAUUGCGACAGAGUUUAAUGAAAAUCACUUGGAAGAAGAGAAUGACGAUGAGGGAAUAGACUUUCGGUUCGACCCUCCCGAUGACGAAGGAAAUUCUUUUGGUGAACUUCCAAGGCACUGGGAUGAUGGCUUCUUUGAAAACGAUCCAGCUUGCCUGGAAGUGGUGCGGGUUGUGUCUUUUUAUUGUUACUUUCCAAAGGAUUCGUUAGGAAACGGCAUCAGUAUUCAGUUCAAGAAUGUUGGAAUUACUUAUGCGCCAGGGGACUAGCUAAUCCAAUGCAUAUGAAUAGUCAGUAGCCGUGUAGAAGGCCAGUUUUGGAAUCCUUUGCUCCGUUGGCUAUAGCCGUCGUUCCUCAAGAGAAUAAGAAUAAUUUUUUGUUUCAGUUUUUCAUUUUUUCAUGCGUUGCUGUCAACUCACUUAAGUAUUCAUUGUAAAAACCAAAUUAAUUGUAUAUUUAUUAAAAUUGGCUUUAAAGCUCGGCAAACAAGCAA